AUCUUUAUUUCUACUUUUAAUUUUUUUUACACUAAAAUUGUGUAUUUGAGAGACAGUGACACAUGAACUGGAAAUCUAGUGGAGAAUAAACAAAAUUGAGAUAUGAUUCUGUUUUUCAUUUUAUUACUAGGAGUAUUUGCUAUGACUCGAAUCACAUGAACAAGGAUAAUUUUGAUCUUGCUUUCUCUUUUGUUUCUGUUUCUGUUUCUUUUUUCAUUUUGAUUUUGCUUUCGCCUCAGCUGCUGUGGUGUGGUUGUGGCGGUGGUGCUACAUUUCUCUUUCUCAAUUCACAAUCCACCUCUCACGUGAAGCAUAAUCACACCUUUUCUUCUUCCUCUUUUGCUUUAUCUUCUUCUGCUCUCAGGGUUUUCUUUCUGAUCUCUGAUUUCUUUUGAUCUACUCCAGCCCUCUCUAGAUCCACGCACCUUUAUUGCUUGCUGCUUCAGAAAAUUUGAGGGGUUUGCCAGUUAAAUUCUGGUAUAUUUCACACAUUGGAUUGGGUUUGGGGGUUUUACGUGAAUUUCGUCUCAAUCUGUGAUUUGAGGUGGGGGUUUUGGGAAGUGAAGAGGAAUUGUUCUCAAUUUGAUAUGGUUGCUGAGAAUGUGAAGUUGGAUUUGGCUCUAUAUGGUUGAGGAGGAUGGAAGUUGAGUUUCAUAUUUCAGCAGCUGACCAGUUUUUGUGAUUUUCACAAUGUGUAGCUUUAGGUUUGGGCUCUGAGGAUUUGAUUGAGAUUCUAUUCGGUGUGUUGGAGUUUAAGAGAUUUUCAUGAUGUUUAGUUUUAGGUUUGGUUUUUUGAGGAUUUGAUUGAGAUUUUAUAAGGUGUGUUUAAAUUUAAGUUUAAGAGUAUUGGAUAUGCCUCCAUCACCUUCUAUUAGAGUUUCCCCGGGGAGGGAGAUGAAGAGAGAGAAUCACAAGAGAGGCGGCAGUUUUGAGAGUGGGAUUCUCUUUCGAGAGAAGGAUGAGGAUCUUGCUCUGUUCAAUGAGGUGCAGAACAAAGAAACUGAUAGUUUCUUGCUCCAGACGAAUGAUGACUUUGAUGACAUGUUUUCAUCGAGGCCAAGACAGUUCUUGAAUUACAAGCUUGGAAUAUCCAUUCCUGCCCGAGGGGAGAGUAGUGACCUGCUUAAUGCAGAAGGAGAUAAAAAUGACUAUGACUGGUUAAUAACCCCUCCUGAAACUCCUCUGUUUCCUUCUUUGGAUGACGAAGCACCGACAGUUAGCCUUGCACCCAGAGGCAGGCCCAGGAGUCAACCUAUUACAAUCUCGCGAUCAUCCACGAUGGAGAAGGGUUAUAAGAGUGGCAGGACCAGUGCUAGUCCCCGUCGCCUUAGUCCAUCUCCUCGGUCUGGUACUAGUCCAUUGCAGUCUAAAAGCAGACCAUUUUCUGCCACACAUUCCAGUCCACCUCCUGCUUUGCGACGUUCUUCUCCUUCAAGGGGGCUGUCUCCCCCACCAAGUAAGCCAAUAACUGCUCCAAGGAAUAGAACACCGACACCUAGGAGCAUGAGCACGGGUUCAGCUGGUGCUACUGCACCUUCAAGCGCGAGAGGUGCCUCUCCUGUCAAGACAAGUCAGGGUAACUCUGCUUCACCUAAAAUAAAAGCAUGGCAAUCUAACAUCCCUGGGUUUUCCUUAGAGGCGCCUCCUAAUCUUCGCACCUCACUGGCUGAUAGGCCAGCAUCAUAUGUCAGAGGUUCCUCACCAGCAUCGAGAAAUGGGUCCAGAUCUGCUAGGCAGUCUAUGUCCCCAACUGCCUCUAGAAGUGUCGGUUCAUCUCAUAGUCAUGAAAGGGAUCAAUUUAGUUCCUACAGCAGAGGUUCAGCUGCAUCAUCUGGUGAUGAUGAUGCAGACUCACUACAAUCUGUGCCUAUCAGCACCUCUGGCCGCUCAGUUCCACGAAGCGUAGGUAGAUCCCCAAAUAAUAAAACUAUGGGAUUUUCCAAGAAACCAGCCAAAACUUUGUCAAAUUCUGCUCCCAAAAGGUCAUUUGACUUGGCACUUCGACAAAUGGAUAGGAAGGCUCCACAGAAUAUGUUCAGACCCCUGCUGUCCAGUGUCCCCAGUUCAACACUUUAUGCAGGGAAAACAAGUACACACCAUCGCGCCCUGACAUCAAGAAAUUCUUCAAUCACAACUAGCAGUAAUGCUAGUUCUGAUCAAGGGACAAGUGGUGCACUUGACACUGAAGAAAAUGAGCAAAACCAAGAUGAUGUGACCAGCGACUUUGUGAAGGGGCAGUACCCAACUGUGCACUACGAAGUAUUUGCCAUGGAUCACACUGAUGCAGUAAAUGAAGCAAUUGAGAAUAGACUAAUUGAGGUACCUGGUUGUCAGGAUGAGGAAACUGGUAACCCCGCUAGAGUUAAUUCUCUGUCAGAUGCUGAGAGUAGCAUCCAACUUGACACUUCUGCAGAUGUAGGCUUGGAUGUGAAGUAUGAGUAUUCCGAUGUUGAUGGGACUUCUGAUAUGGAAGUAUGCGCUCGAUGCAGUGACACGUUUCCUUCAAGUGAAUUGGUAAAGGAAGGUGACCUAUGGUUCUGUCUGGAAUGCAAUAGUUUGAAAACAAAUAUACUGGCAACCCUCCCAGUGACAACAGUGAAGAAAGAUUUGGACCAAUCUCUCUCAAUUCAAGAUUCAGUACCUGCUGGUGAAAUAGGAAUGCACCACCUCGACUCUACUGCAAUUGAUGAUCAAUAUUCAAAGACUGAGCCAAGCAUGGAUCAUGAAGUAUUGCAGUCUGAGAAGAGUGAGGUUAUGGUCACCGGCCAGCAAGAGAUAGUUGGAGCUGUGGAACUUCACUCCGCCCCCCAACAAUUACACCAGUCUGGUGUCUGUUCAACUUCAGAAGCUGAUGUUUCAGAAGGUACAGGUAUAACAUUGCUUCUGAAGUCAUCAAGUAGCAGUAAAGGACAUCUCAUCCAAAGCAGGAGUUUCACCGCAAGUAACAUUUGUUAUGGUGAUUUCUCUUAUCUGAGGGAUAGCAUAAAUAGUAUGAGAAGCUCCGGUGGGUAUAGUAAUGCAUCUGUAUCAUCCUCCACUGAUCUGGGAUCUUCUAGGCAAACAGAGGCACGUAUUCGUUGGCAAUCAAGUGGCCAGAGAUCUGACAUUGAAAAUUACAGAGAUGAAAUUCCUAUGAAGCAUAAACGCUCCAUCUCCUCUUUGUCUGGUGCAUCAGCUCUUGGAUCCCAGGUCCGAAGUACAACACCAAGUUGCCUAGGGGAUAGUUUUGAGCUAGUGUCUUCUGACAAGGAUAGGGAGGUUCACGGGGUAACAUAUCCAGAUCCUCCUAUCCAGUCACUGCCCUCUGAAAAAGAAGCAGAAAGUACAUGCGCAGAUUUGGAAAGCAGUCUAACCCUCAAGGUUUCUGCAGAAUUAUCGAGUGAUUUGAUGAAUGCCCAUUUGGAAGGUAGUCCGAAGGAGUCAAUUCUGGCUUCUGAAGGGCCAGUAUCACAUGAGAGUGGUGAAAACCUGACAAACAAAUCCAGUGGAGAAGAAACAGCAGCUACACAGUUACAGACUUCUACCCUAGGGGAAGACAUGCAAAGCUCUUGUAGGGGAAAUGUGGAUGUCACAGAAGUUCCUCAUCUGAGUUCUUUGAAUGAUAUAUCUGAAAUGGAAAUUCAGAAUUCUGGUAUUUUAUCUUGUGACUCACAAUCUGAUGUUGAUUCCACAAAUUCAAAGACAUGUACGAAUGAAUUGCUGGAGCCUUUUGUCUCAGUGGAACAGAAUGAUAUCAUGACAGAAACUACUGAAGAAUUUGACAUCCCUGUUCCAGUAAAUUUUGUCCUUGAAGAUUUUACCAUUGUACGAGAAGACGCUGGUGGAACAAACGCUAGAAGCCUGACCCUCGAGGAAGCGACAGACACAAUCCUCUUCUGCAGCUCCAUUGUCCACAAUCUGGCAUAUGAGGCGGCAAACAUAGCCAUAGAGAAGGAGAGCUCGUCACUUGAAGUCACGAGACCAACAGUGACAGUGGUUGGCAAACCCAAUCCCGACAGAAGGGAGAUGCGAUCAAGGCCACUGGGUAAACGCAGUUCCAAGUCCCAAAAGGCUCGCCACAGAAGAUUGGAGACAGAGACAGAGACAAAGCCAAGGCCUGUGACUCCUGAAACGGAAGAAAAAUUUAGUCCUCGCAUCGUGAGAUCCCCUAUCAGGAAGGGCGAGGCCACCACACGUCCUCCUCCGAAGCUGGAGUCCAAGUGCAACUGCACCAUCAUGUGAAGCCCGAGAUGGUAACCACGUGCGUUUAAUAGAUUUGAUUUUGUUGAUGCUAAUUGUUUAUUAAAGAGAUGAUAUUAGAUGCAAUCCCUUUUGUAAAGUUGCAAUUUUUAUUAGGCUGAUAAUAGUGUGUGGUAUUCAUUCUUGUUAGUGCUUGGUAUAGGUUGAUUCUUUUGUUCUGGUGCUCCAGACCAGAACAGUGCAUUCAGACAAUUAUUCUUGGUCAUUUAAUUGUAGCUAUUUGUUUUGGUUGUAAUGCCAUUUUAUUCAAUAAAGACGCACGUGCAGGUUGGAAUGUA